ACUGGAGGUAAGUCCGUCACCAGACUCAGUCCAAUCCGCGCAGUCAGACGUCGACGGUUGGCUCAAAUUUCGUCCGAAGUCGCGGUUUCUCUCUGUUUCUGUUAAUUUCACGGCUGAGUUGUCCAGACAGUUCCACCGAACGAAAAUUCAAGAGAAAAAAAUAUAAACAAAAAGUUUAGAUAGUUAGCAUAAAGAUACAAUAUCCAUUUGAGUAACUAUUAAUACUACAUUGAAACCAGUUGGUCAAGUGUUUGGAAUGCCUGGACUCAUUGAUCCAUUAGAAUCGCUGUAAUUUUGCAAAAUCGUCCUUUGGUAAAGCAACUGUUGGAUAAUCUUUUGUGCGUUUUAUCAAUUUCGGCUUCAAAAGUUUAAGUUCAUACAGAUUCCACCAAACCACUAACGAAAAGUGAAAGUUGUGUGCAACCUUACUGAUAUCUGCAAUAAUGAAUGUAAUGAAUUUAAUAACCAAAGUUUGAAAAAGAGGAUAUACAUCUAUUUCCGGGACACUAUUGCAAAACCAGGAACUUAACUCUAUAAAAUGGCAAACCCAACAGAUAACAAACUGAACGGACAGCAAUUGGACGUGGCAAAAACAGAAACACUUGCAGAAGCGGAACCUCUGACAUGGAAAUUUUGGAAGAAACGCCGUUAUGUCGUCGUCCUGAUGGCGUUCUUUGGAUUCUUCAACGUAUACGCACUUCGGGUAAACCUGAGCGUUGCCAUUGUGGCGAUGACAGAAAAUCGCACAGUCGAUCAUGGAAAUGGUACAAUCACAUACGAACAAGAUUUUCCUUGGGACUCAACACAGAAAGGACUCAUUUUGAGCUCCUUCUUCUAUGGCUACAUUUUGACUCAGCUUGCCGGUGGCUAUCUGGGAUCACGUAUUGGAGGACAUCUUGUAUUCGGUGCUGGUAUUGGAACAACCGCCCUUUUGACCUUGCUAACACCGUUGGCUGCAAAACACAGUUUGGAACUUCUACUGGCAAUUCGAAUCAUUGAAGGAAUUUUCGAGGGCGUGACUUUCCCUUGUAUCCAUGCUGUUUGGUCGAGAUGGUCUCCGCCUCUAGAACGUUCGAGAAUGGCCUCAAUGGCAUUUGCAGGAAACUACGCUGGAACCGUCAUUGCCAUGCCUUCGUCUGGUCUGCUUGCUUCAAGUUACGGAUGGGAAAGCGUUUUCUACGUAUUUGGUGGUAUCGGUUGUGUUUGGUAUAUAUUGUGGGUCCUUGUUGUAAGGGCGGGUCCGAGUCAAGACCGUUUCUGUUCUGAAGAUGAAACGAGAUAUAUUGAAGAGACUAUCGGGCAUAAGGGAAAGCCAAAUGUCAAGCAUCCUUGGAAAGCUAUCUUCACAUCAACUGCGGUCUACGCUAUUGUCGCGUCACACUUUUCUGAGAACUGGGGCUUUUAUACACUUUUGACGCAGUUGCCAACUUUCUUGAAGGAUACUUUGCAUUUCGAGUUGGAUAAAACCGGAUUUGUAGCUGCGAUACCUUAUUUAACGAUGGGCAUACUUUUGGGUGUUUCUGGAUACUUAGCUGAUUGGUCACAGGUUAAAGGAUAUCUGACUACCACACAAGUGAGGAGAUAUUUCAAUUGCGGAGCCUUUUUGGCUCAAACUGUCUUCAUGAUUAUUGGAGCUUAUUUGCUAGACCAAACCUGGACUGUGGUCUGCAUUACUAUUGCCGUAGGGCUUGGAGCUUUCGCAUGGUCUGGAUUUGCUGUAAACCAUCUGGAUAUUGCCCCACAACACGCUAGUAUUUUAAUGGGUAUUUCCAAUACGUUCGCAACGAUCCCUGGAAUAGUAAGUCCAUAUUUGACUGGAGUUAUUGUCCAAGAUAAGAAUGAAGACGAAUGGCGAAUAGUAUUCUAUAUUUCUGCGGGAGUUUACCUGGUAGGUUGUGUGAUAUAUUGGUUUUGGGCCUCAGGAGAGGUUCAAGAAUGGGCGAAAGUACCUGUAACGGAAAGUAUUGAUAUGGAAAAAUGUCCUGAAAAAGAAGGAUAUACCAAUCGCGCUUUGGAUACCCAGGAAUAAUAUUGUAGAUAUUAAAAUGCUGUGAAUUAUUUCGUAUUAAGAUAUCUUUUCAAUGGUAUCCUUGUAAGUAUUACUUACCUUAUCAAAAGAUAUGUCUUUGUGCAAUGCUCAGUGCUAAAACACAUGUAAAUUUGGAUUAUCUUUUAUAGUUCAUUCAUUGUAUUGGCCUAAUUAUGAAUGUAGGCCUUAUGCCGUGUAUCUUACCAGAGUUGUAAAUAGAUAAAUAAUUUAAGCUUCUUAUAAGGUCGAUAUCCUUGCACUUUGUAACGUAAAGUUGUAACAUUUUUAGAUUAAUAAAAUAGAUAUAGUUCUUACUUGGAAAAAACUAAUAAAAUAAUAUUCUGUUGCAAG